AGCUCGAUCAGCUGAUUGAACGAGAUGCUGCGUUAGAGGACCUCCGAGUCUAAAUCCUUCGAUUUUCGGCCUCAUAUAUGGGAAGUUGUUGGUGUUUUACUGAAGUACACAUUGUGGACUAAAGCCUGAAGCUGUCAUACACAUCGUGACUUCCCUGCAUCAGCUGUUUGGUGGACAUUCAGUAAAUUCAGCCAGCAGCCAUGACAGAGUUCUGGUUGAUCUCUGCUCCGGGGGAGAAGACGUGCCAGCAGACCUGGGACAAGAUGGUGCUGGCCACCACCCGCACCAAUAACUUGUCCACCAACACCAAGUUCAACAUCCCUGACCUCAAGGUUGGAACGUUGGACGUGCUGGUGGGUCUGUCGGACGAGCUCGCCAAGCUGUCCACUUUUGUGGAAAGCGUGGUGAGGAAGGUUGCUCAGUACAUGGCAGAUGUUCUAGAGGACAGCAGGGACAAAGUGCAGGAGAAUCUUCUGGCCAACGGAGUUGACCUGGUCACCUACAUCACCAGAUUUCAGUGGGACAUGGCUAAAUAUCCAAUCAAACAGUCACUGAAGAACAUUGCCGAGAUCAUUUCCAAGCAAGUGUCUCAGAUAGACAACGACCUGAAGGCCAGAGCUUCAGCCUACAACAAUCUGAAGGGAAACCUGCAGAAUCUGGAGAGGAAGAACGCAGGAAGUUUGUUGACCCGGAGUCUAGCUGACAUCGUAAAGAAAGAGGACUUUGUUCUGGACUCGGAGUACCUGAUUACCAUGCUGGUGGUCGUCCCAAAGACAAACUACGCUGACUGGCAGAAGACGUACGAAACACUCGCAGAAAUGGUUGUGCCACGCUCCACUAAGCUGCUGUUCGAAGACAACGACAGCGGUCUGUUCAGUGUCACGCUUUUCAGGAAGGCUGUGGAUGACUUCAAACUCAAGGCCAGAGAAAACAAGUUUUCGGUGCGGGACUUCCAGUACAACGAGGAAGAGAUGAAGGCGGACAAAGAAGAGAUGAAUCGUUUGUCCACAGACAAGAAGAAACAGUUUGGUCCUUUGGUCCGAUGGCUGAAGGUGAAUUUCAGUGAAGCCUUCAUCGCGUGGAUUCACAUAAAAGCUCUGCGUGUGUUUGUGGAGUCGGUGUUAAGAUACGGGCUGCCGGUCAACAUCCAGGCCAUGUUGCUUCAGCCCAACAAGAAGAACAUGAAGAAACUGAGAGAGGUGCUGUACGACCUGUACAAACAUCUGGACAGCAGUGCUGCAAUUAUUGACGCCUCCAUGGACAUCCCAGGGCUGAACUUGAGCCAGCAGGAGUACUACCCGUACGUUUACUACAAGAUCGACUUAAAUUUGCUGGAUUUCAAAUCCUAAAAUAUUUUGCCAUCAUCGUUAUCAUCAUGAUCAUCAUCGUCAUCAUAUGCUGUAGUGGUCUAAUGUGAAGUCUUCACAUUCACAAGCUUUAAUUUAUUUACAAUUCUGUCUUGUUUUAUUGUUUUGUGUGUGUGUGUUUUUAUCGUUAAUUUUUCUGUUAAACAUUUUCUUGUACAUUUUAGAGUUCACACACCAAAUAGGUUUGUGUUUUAAAAGAGUGAUAAUUGUCAGAUCUUUUUAAGAUCAUACAAAAUAUUUAAGAAAAAAAUUUUCCAUUUUGUUCUGACAGAACAAACGUGAAGGUUUUUCUUUAUUUUUGUGACUUUCAUUUUAUUCCGCCCCAGAAAUUGUGACAUUCCUUCAUGUCGUUAAAGGACAUGUAAACUGUCUUUUUACUGUCACCUCUCCCAUUCUAUGUUAAAUAAAUUAACAAUAAAGGUACUUAUAUGAGAGAAAUGGUGAAAAUAAACUGUAUAUUAAACACUGUAUUUAUUUUAUGCUUUAAAAAUCUGUGAACAUGCUUCUGUUCAUGUUUUGAACGUGUUUUUAGUUCCAUGUAAGAGAUGCCUGUUUACAAGUAGAUGUAUUUUCCUUAUCAUGAUGUGAUCUUGUGAAAAACUAGAACAAGUCGAAUAAAAAAUAUAAUCUGGAUAUUUAGCACGUUGAGAAGCAACAUCAUUGUAACCUGUGCUAAUACUGUAUUGUACUGUAUGUAUAAAAAAUAACUAUUUAAAGUAUGUGAAAAUAAAUACUGUG